AUGGGUAAAACGGGCAAAACGACGGACGACGCGACCACCCUCGGCGCCAGCACGAUUGACACGGAAGAACUUGGCCCUGUUCGACAAGAUGGAAACGUCCAGGGAGCCGGUAACGAAGCAACCGUAAUCGACUACAUGGGCGGACCGAUGAAGAAGGAUCAUUCUGAGGGCUACCGCCAAGCCUUCAACCGAGCAUUCACGAAUCUUCCAGGAGAUCUCGGGUUCAACAAUGGCCUGUCUGCCCCACAGCCUGACUUCGUCGAGGGACUAGAGGCAGAAGAAUACCGGCCGCUCCCCGUAGACGACCGAACCCCAGGAACUGCCGUCUUUAGAGACGAGCCCCGCUCCAUCACCCUGCCACAAAUAGCUGGAGAGUGGGAGGGUCCCGCGGGAGACACGAGAGAAGCGAGAAUGCAGAGCGCCUACAACGGAGCCGCGAUGGUUCACGCAAGAAACCAAGCUCUCGCCUACAUGGGAAAAGCUGACCCCGCUGGUCACGCAGAAGUCUCAACAUUUACCACAGAUGGCGACAGCCUCAACCUCUUCGCACAUUACGCUGCCGAAACGGAGGACGGUAUGCUCGAAUACCACCAAUAUCCUAUCUCGUCAAUAAACCUCACCCACACUUAUCAAGGUCACAAGGACGGACGAAAAAGUUUCAGGAACGCGCAGGACCACGCCAGAGAGCAAUCAUACGCUCUGAGGGACCAGUUGAAGGAACACUACAAACAGCAACGUCGCGGUACCCUCCGUCCGACCGACGAAACGGUACCACCAUUGCCCAUACUAGAUGUCGAGUCUUGGGCUAGAGCCCAAACCUACGCAAAUGAAGACGGGUACGAAGUCGUCGAACCCCAAGCUGUCUACCAGCUUACGCUGCCUACCUCGUCCACACAUAAGCACAGCAGCUAG